AUGACCACUGAACUUCAAUCAUCCAACCUCAGAUCGAUCUUUCUCCUCGGUGCAACCGGUUACGUUGGAGGCCAAGUACUUGUUUCUCUCGCUCAUGACUUUCCAUCGUUCCCUAUACGCGCGCUUGCGAGGAAUAUAACACCUCCAAAAUUGACACAACUGCAAGCUUUGCACUCGAAGCUUGAAGUGGUAGAAGGCUCUCUAAGUGAUCAUAAUGUAAUUGAGGCAGAAGCACAAAACGCGGACAUUGUCAUCAACGUUGCAGCUGCAGGCGACACGGACAGCGUAAAUGCCAUUAUACGAGGUCUUCAACAGCGAAGCCGAUCGUAUACACCUACUGUUCCGCCAAUCUACAUCCACAUGUCUGGUACUGGUAUCAUGGGCGAUAAUGCUCGAGGUGAACUUAUCGUUCCAGAUCGGCUUUGGGUGGAUACAGAAUUCGAUCUGGAAAAUAUCAAGACUAAGCUACUGACAAAUGCGUGCGAAGCGAUUGUUGAUGCUGGGAAGAACGAGGAGAUACGUACGAUGAUUGUUUUCCCUGGGUUAAUCUACGGUAUCGGACCAGGCAUACAAAAAAUAUCUCUUCCUCACCGUUUUUACCUGAAUCUUGCGGCCCAGGCAGGGCAUUCCGGUUCUUUUGGCCCAGGACGCAACAUCGCAGGACUAAUUCAUCUCAAGGACGUAGCGAGUGCUGUAUCAGCAGUACUCAAAGGUGCUUUGAACGGUGGGAAGGUGGGUGAGAAGAUCGGGGAAGGGAAGGAGGGAUUCUACUUUGUUCUUUCAAAGUACAUGUUGUCAAUGAUGGAGUUCAGCAACAUUGUUGGAGAUACUCUCUACAAGCAGGGUCUGAUCUCUAAAACCGGUUCUUCCCCAUUCUCUGCGUCAAUUGCAGAUAAGGCGGGACCUUUUGGUUACAAUAUCUUCGGAUCCAGCCAAUUCUGUCGCGCUGAGCGAUUGACGAAGGAGCUUGGAUGGUCUGCAGAACACACUGAAACGGAGAGUUUGUAUGACAGCCUUCCUAAGGAAAUUGAGUUGGCUGUGAAGGAGAUGGAGCUGCAAUUUCCCAAGAUCUAA